AUGUCAACAUCUUCUCACUCGUACCCGAUGCGCAGCGGUGAUGAUCAACACAGUUACAUCCAUCAUUCUUCAUACCAGAAAGCAGGUAUAAAUGGCGCUGAAGAGAAGACAAGGCAAUUCAUAUUAGAAAAACUCGAUCUCCAGUUAAAUUCAGGUCUUAGUACUUUUCGAAUUGCGGAUUUUGGUUGUUCCAUUGGACCUAACACGUUUCAUGUUGUUCAAAGUAUCAUUGAUACGGUGAAAGUGAAACACGUGAAACAAAACAACGAAACUCGCCUUGUGCCUCUCGAGUUCCAGGUCUUCUUCAACGAUCAACCCAACAAUGACUUCAACACCCUCUUUAGAACUCUACCUCCUUCCUCUGAACGGGAAUAUUUCUCGGCCGCAGCUCCAGGCUCUUUCUAUGGCCGAGUGUUACCAAGAAACAGCAUACAUAUCGGACACACUUCAUACACGCUUCACUGGCUUUCCAAAGUUCCUGAACACGUGUGUGACAAGAAAUCUUCUGCUUGGAACAAAAAUUACAUUCAAUGUAAUUAUUUGAUAGAAGAAGUUAUCAAGGCUUACAAGGUCCAGUUCAUAAAAGAUAUGGAUGUUUUCCUUGAUGCUAGAGCCGAAGAGCUUGUGCCUGGAGGAUUGAUGAUUGUAUUAGGACAUUGUUUACCUGAUGGUGUUCCCUUGUAUGAAACAUGGCAGGGUCAUGUUGUCGAUACCAUUGGUGAUUGUCUUAUGGAUAUGGCUAAAUCGGGAAUAUUAAGUGAGGAAAAGAUCGAAUUGUUCAGCUUCCCUGUUUAUUUUCCUCAAUUUAGUGAAUUGAAAGGAGAGAUUGAAAAAAAUGGAAUUUUUUUUAUUGAGAUGAUGGAGAGUAUAGGCCAUCCAUUGGAGCAUAUGUCAAUAACAACCGACUUCAUCACUUCCAUGUUUCGAGCCUUGCUCACUACACUCAUAGAAAAACAUUUUGGAGAUGGUGUGGUCGAUGAGCUUUUCAAUCGAUUUGCUAAGAAACUCUCCGAGCACCCAUUUGAUUUUGAAAUGUGGAAGACACAAGUGGUGUAUUAUGUCGUUCUUAAACGAAAAUGA